AUGCCAUCUCUCUCACCAUCGCCAGCGCCGUCGCACACGCGUAGCCCUAUGCGCGGUCUUUCACCCACAACAUCACCAAACAGACCUCGUUCAGCACAGUCGGAAACCCCAAGGCGGUCACUGACACCAAGGUCGCCUUCUCGCUCGCGCUCUCUCACGCCAUCACGCUCGCCCAGGUCUCCCUCGCCGAGGCGCAAUGGCCGACGCAGCUAUACCCCAGACAGCAGAUCGCGAUCGCGGUCAAGAGGAAGAGGUUAUACACGCAGUCUGACACCGCGAGAUGCAUCGCCAGCGCCUAGAAGUGCAAAGAUCGUCGUCGAGGCAUUGACCCGAAACGUCAAGGAAGAUCACGUCCGUGAGAUAUUCGGUAAAUACGGCAUUAUCAAAGAUCUAAAGAUGCCUAUGAACCCUACCUUUAACAUCAACCGUGGCAUUGCAUACAUUCUCUACGAGGAGAUUGAUGAUGCAGAGCGCGCAAUUGCAAAAAUGCACGAUGCACAACUUGAUGGUGCAAGAAUUCAAGUCUCCAUUGUACUCCCUCCCCGCCGCUUUUCGCGACCACCACCGCCAGCGCGCAGAGGUCCACCGCCACGCGAGAGGUUCCAUGAUGAUUACGAUGGUCAUGGAGGCGGACGUGGCGGGCGUAGUGGCCCAGGGGGACCACCCGGUGCAUACAGACCGCCUCCCAUGGAUGCUCCCGGACGGUACCGCUCCCCACCGCGAAGAUGGUCGCCCGAGCGUGGAGGGGGGCACUGGGGACGAGGCAGGGGUGGACAAGGCGGCCGUGGAGGUGGAUUUGUACGACCACGGUCGUAUUCUAGAUCACGAAGUCGGUCUCCGCGUCGGAGUAGAUCUCGUUCAUCCUUCAGUCGAUCAGUGUCGCGAACACCGCCGAGACGUCAUGGGGGUGGCCGAGGGGGGAGGGGAGGCUACGGGAGAUGGGAUUCGCCACCUCCCAGGGGUGGGAGGAGCGGUGGUGGUGGUGGUGGAGGAGGAGGGAGAAGAAGCCCUAGCUACAGUUCCUAUGGCAGUGCCAGUCCUCGCGACCGUAGUAGGAGCAGAGAUUGGAGAUGA